AUGGUACCUCAGGCUGACGAUAUCACGCAGUCCUUCUCGUUCAGGGCCGGCAGGGUCUUCGGCGCCGAUUGCUCGACCGAGUCGAUUUACCAAGAGCUCGUGCAGCCGCUGCUUCCAUUGGUGUGGGCCGGUGGAGUGGGGACUUUGUUUGCCUACGGACAGACCGGGUCUGGGAAAACGUAUACCGUGAGCGGCCUGGAGCGACGGAUCGCCGAAACCUUGGGCGACGGGACACUGGAGGGUCCACAGAGGCUGCACGUCACGAUUUUCGAGCUGGCCGGAAACUCUGCAUAUGAUCUCUUAAACUCCCGUGCACCCUUUUCCAUUCUCGAGGAUUCUUUUGGCGAUAGCCGGCUCCACGGAGCCCAAGAACACCAGGCUGGCAGCAGUGCAGAUCUGCUCGGGUUGAUCGAGCGAGCAGCCUCAUUCCGCCAGACUGCACAGACCGAGAAGAACGACGGGUCGUCCCGCUCUCAUGCCAUCUGUCGCAUCAGAGUCGAGAACCCAUCCCCGAACGCGCGCGGGGAUGGCCUCUUGUAUUUGGUCGAUCUCGCAGGUUCCGAAGCCGCACGGGAUAUCUUCAAUCAUAGCGCGGAGCGCAUGAAAGAAACCCGGGAGAUCAACAUGAGUCUUUCAGUCCUCAAAGACUGCAUUCGAGGAAUCGCCACGGCAGAUGCAUCCCCGGGCCCCGGGAGGAACACAAAGAAACCGUAUAUCCCCUUCCGCCAGAGCAUGCUGACCAAAGUGCUGAAGCACGUGUUUGAUCCGUCGAGCGGCCGUGAGUGCAAGACUGCGGUGCUGGCCUGUAUCAAUCCUAGUUUCCUGGACACGGGCGCGACCAAGAAUACCUUACGGUAUGCGGAGAUGCUGCGGUCCGCCGAGGCGACGAAUAAGCCGGCUGGGUAUAACCCGGCCCAUCCCGCGACGUGGGGUAAUAAGGAAUUGAAGACUUAUAUCAUGGCCAAGUCUGGUACCCCAAGCAUCUCUCCCUCGGUCCUCGCACCUCGCGAAUCCGGCGCCCAGCUUCUCCAACUCCCCGCGGAGCAGUUCAUCGCCCGGUGCCUGGAAACAGAAGGCGUGACCGAAGCGCAAGCGAAGGCGUUCCAUGCCAAGUUCUGGCGUCUGCAUAUUGAUUCGCGGCGCGGGGCCGCCGCUGACUUGAAGGGGGACAACGGGUCGGCGCAGAAAUGUCGCGACUGCUCCGAUGAUGUGCGCUCUGCCAAAUUUCUCACGAGUCGGGACCCGGCUUUGCAAGAGCAUGCUCCGCCGUUCAAAGAGCGCAUUCGUCCCGGUAUGGUCGUGAGCUGGACACCCUCAUCAGCCUUCCCAAUGCGCUCACCAACGCAGAACCUGGCUGUGGUUCUAUGUCCGCAAAAUGCUCUAGGCGAUCAUGUUCGAGACGCGCUUGGGGUGCACGUCGCCCAGGAUCCUUUGCAGCAGUCAAUCGGGGUCGCUGCUCAGCGUUAUCUUUGUGCUAUAGUAGUUCCGGGUGCAAUGACAGAUUCGUUUGAGGUCAGCCUGUGGCGGCAGAUGAUGGUUGAUCUGGAACAGAUGGAGAGGGAGGUGCUGCUGGAGUACGACCCUGCCACUCGAUAUUAUCACGCUACCGUCUAG